UGUUGGCUUGCGAGUGCUUGAUAACGUUCGAGCGUGUUCGCAUGUUGGGAUACGUAUUUUUGUCUCAGUGUGAUGUAUAUUAUUAUUAAAUUACAACGCUUGGAAUUUUUAGGUUAAUAUAUUGUAUUUAUUCAUUAUACGUGUAGUAUUAAGAAGUGUGCAUUAGACACCAUUAAUGUAAUUUCAGUAAAUAUACUAUUUUUGUUAUCACUGAUAACUAAAUAAGUAGACUGGUACUGGUAAGUUAUUUUGUUAACCUAUUGCGAUGCUUAAUUUCCGAGAUCAUAAUUUAGUGAUUCUUGUCUCAGUUAUAAACAUUUGAUAAUGAAAGAGAAAACGAGAAAUAACAGAGAGGAAGAAAGUAACUCCAAUCCAUUUGAAAACGCUAACUUCUUGUCGAGAAUUUUAUUUUGGUGGGUUAUUCCAUUUUUCCUGAAGGGUUCCAAUAAAGAAUUGGAAGAAGAAGAUUUAUACAAUAAUUGUGACGCCGAUUCAUCCGAGCGUUUAGGGGAUAUUUUACAGAGAGAAUGGAACAAAGAAUUAGCCAAACAGAAAGCAGGAAAAAAACCAAGUUUAAAGAAAGCAGUUAUUCGAAGUUUUGGUUGGAGGUAUGCUGCUAUAGGUCUUCUGGCAUUCUUUGAGGAAUGUGUGAUACGAGUAUUGCAGCCUGUAAUGCUAGGUUGGGUGGUUCGUUAUUUCAGUGAUCCAGCAGCCAUCACAAAGAAAGAAAUGUAUUUAUCAGCUGGAGGAGUGUGUUUAAUGGCUGCCCUAUACAUCUUCUUUCAUCACCCAUACUUUUUUGGAGUUCAAAGAACUGGAAUGAGGUUAAGAAUAGCCAGCUGUAGUUUGGUUUAUAAAAAGGCCUUAAAGCUUAGCCGGGCAUCUCUGGGAAAGACAACAAUUGGACAAAUGGUGAACCUUCUAUCCAAUGAUGUAAAUAGAUUUGACCAGUCUGUUAUAUUUCUCUCUUAUCUGGUUGUUGGUCCUCUUCAAACUGCAGUUGUUAUUGCAGUUUUAUGGCAACAUUUAGGUCCUGCUUGUCUCGCUGGACUUUCUGUUCUUUUGCUGUACAUUCCUUUCCAAGGUACUAUGGGAAAGCUGUUCUCCAAGCUUAGGCUAAAAACAGCAAGCAUCACAGAUGAGAGGAUUCGUUUGAUGAAUGAGAUUGUUUCAGGUAUGCGAGUGAUUAAGAUGUAUACCUGGGAGAAACCUUUUGCUGGCCUUAUUGAGUCUUCCAGAAGGAAGGAAAUUCGCAAGAUUCGGUAUACUUCAAUCCUGCGAGCAGUGAAUAUGUCUUUAUUUUUUGUGGCCUCAAAAAUCAUCCUGUUCAUUUGUUUCAUCACAUACAUAUUCAUGGGAAGAAACUUAACUGCAGAAGUGGUAUUUGUUAGUAUGGCUCUCUACAACAACUUGCGACUUACAAUGACUUUGUUUUUCCCAUUUGGAGUAGCACAAGGAGCAGAGUCUCUUAUUUCCCUUAAAAGAAUAGAGAAGUUUCUGUUAUUAGAAGAGCAGAAGGAAUCCAGUGUUGUUAACAUGUCAGACUUAAGACCUAAGUUGGAGAACUGUGGAGUAUGGAUGGAUAAAGUCACUUCCAGGUGGUGUAAGGAAGUUGAAGAGCCCACACUGCAAAAGAUAUCAUUUACUGUAAAGCCAGGAGAGCUUUUAGCAGUGGUUGGACCAGUUGGUGCUGGAAAGACAUCAUUAUUAAUGGCUAUUUUGGGAGAGUUGCCUACUUUACUGGGUGAGGUCAAAGUUCGAGGGAAAGUGGCUUAUGCUUCCCAAGAACCGUGGGUGUUUGCUGGAACUAUCCGAGAUAAUGUUGUGUUUGGAAAUACAUUUAACAAGGAGAAAUAUCAGAAAAUUGUGGAAAUAUGUGCACUAGAUAAGGAUAUCAAACAAUUUCCCUUUGGAGACAAAACUUUAGUGGGUGAGAAGGGAGUAUCCCUGAGUGGUGGGCAGAAAGCUCGAGUCAGCUUAGCAAGAGCUAUCUAUGUUGAUGCCGAUGUCUACCUUUUGGAUGACCCUUUAAGUGCAGUUGACACAGCUGUUGCUAAACAUCUGUUUGAUAAAUGCAUCAAUCGUUAUCUUAAGAAUAAGGUCCGGAUCUUAGUUACUCAUCAGCUUCAAUUUUUAAAGCCAGCGAAUCAAAUUCUGGUUCUUCAAGAAGGGAAGUGUUUUGCUCUUGGGAACUAUACUCAUCUACUGAACAGUGGUAUAGAUUUUGUAUCCGUAAUGGAAAUGGACGAAGAGGAUCCAAAAAGAGAUUCCUUAAAGGCCAACCAUAUUACGAUUGAGCAGAGUUUGUCCAUUAGUCCUAUUGACACUUUUAUAGCCCAGAAGAAAUCACCCACAGUUACACGAGACCCUGAGGUAGUAUCCUCCAGUUCAAUUUCUAGUUGGCUAGCUGAAGAGAUGAAGAUCUCAGGAGUUGAGGACAUAUACUGCUCAGGAAGUGUUGGUGAUAACAAUUCAAGAAGACAUUCUUUGUGGGAUACAGUUUCAGCCAGUCAUUCUGCUCAACAUAUGGUGCCAACAUCUCAGGGUGCCUUAUGUGAAUCCAAUUUAUCACUGGCUUCAACAGUGGAAGAUGACCCACACCCAAUGCUCUCAGAAAGAAGUAAUGGGAAAGACUAUCCUAAACAAGAAGAAGAAUUACGGUCAACUGGCUCUGUAAAAGGAGCAGUUUAUUGGUACUAUAUCAAGACAGGAGCAGGAUGGUUUCUUAUACCACUGCUAAUAAUAAGUUCCAUAGGAGCACAAGCACUUUUUAGUGGAAGUGACUUCUGGCUUGCUUUAUGGACAAAUGGAGAAGAAGUAAGGAGACUUGCAAUUGAAAGACACAAUAGGACCAGCAGCAGUAGUACCACCAAUAACACUACAGACCAAUUAUUUAUUGACAAUGAAUUCAUGGACAUCUAUACAAAUAUCUAUAUAUAUUCUGGAAUGGUUGGUGGUCUGUUUAUUUUGGCAUUGCUUCGAACAACAAUGUUUUUUAUUAUGUGUAUGCGAUCUUCAGUUGGAUUACACAACAAGAUGUUUGGCAGCAUUGUCCGAGCCCCUAUCUCUUUUUUUGACAAUAAUCCUGUAGGAAGAAUUCUGAACCGAUUUUCUAAAGACCUUGGAACCAUUGAUGAUUUACUUCCUCCAACAGCUUUGGAUAUGACUUAUAUUUUCCUCAAUCUUGUAGGAAUACUGGUUGUAGUAUGUAUUGUUAGCCCAUGGAUAGCUCUUCCCACGCUUAUCCUCACUUUCAUUUUCUACGUCUUGAAGAGGUUCUAUAUGGCUACUGCCCGUGAUAUCAAGCGACUUGAAGGAAUCACCCGCAGCCCAGUAUUUUCUCACUUGAGUACCUCACUUUAUGGACUCACAACUAUUAGAGCUUUUGGUGCUCAACAGAGAUUUGAAGCACAGUUUGACAAGUACCAAGAUCAUCACAGUUCCUCAUGGUUUUUGUUUAUUUCUUCAACUCGGUGGUUUGGAGUUGUUCUUGACUGGCUGUCAUGUAUAUACAUCACAAUGGUAACCUGGUCCUUGGUUCUCUCCUCUGAAAGUACUUCUGGAGGUAAUGUUGGGCUAGCAAUUUCUUCAGCCAUGAUGCUAAGUGGCAUGUUUCAGUGGGGAGUUAGACAGUCAGCAGAGGUUGAGAGUCAGAUGACAGCUGUAGAAAGGUUGAUGGAGUACAGUAACUUGCCUUCUGAAGCUCCGCUAGAAGCUCCGGCUGAACAGCAACCACCACCAGACUGGCCACAACGAGGGAUGAUUAGAUUUGAAAAUGUAUGUCUAAAGUAUUCACCUGAGGACUUUCCUGUGCUGAAGAACCUGUCCUGUUUGAUUAAAUCUCAAGAAAAAAUUGGUAUUGUGGGACGAACUGGGGCAGGAAAGAGUUCAAUAAUUACUGCACUUUUUCGAAUGACUGAACCACAAGGACUAAUUGAAAUAGAUGGAAUUGACACCAAAAAAGUUGGUCUGCAUGAAUUAAGGGGAAAGAUCUCCAUUAUUCCUCAGGAUCCUGUCUUGUUUACUGGUCCUAUGAGAAGAAACAUUGACCCUUUCAAUGAAAAUGAUAAUCAUGAACUCUGGCAAGUUUUAGAAGAGGUUCAACUAAAAGAAGUAGUAGAAGAUCUUCCAGGAGGACUGGACACAGAACUAGCUGAAGGAGGAAGUAACUUUAGUGUUGGACAGCGUCAGCUCAUCUGUUUAGCUCGAGCCUUGCUCAGAAAAAAUCGGAUUCUAGUUCUGGAUGAAGCAACUGCUAACGUUGAUCCAAGCACGGAUACUCUUAUUCAGAAAACUAUCAGAGAGAAGUUCAAACAAUGCACUGUUUUGACCAUUGCUCAUCGAUUACAUACUAUUAUGGAUUCAGAUAGAGUUUUGGUUUUGGAGGCAGGUAGAAUUGAAGAGUUUGAUGAACCAUAUACAUUAAUGAAGAAUGAAUCUGGCUGGUUUAGUCAAAUGGUGAACCACACAGGAUAUUCUAUGGCUGCACAGUUACAUUCUGUAGCCUACCAAGCUCACCUAGCCAGAGCUGUGGACCAUAAACUUGAAACUGAUUCUAGAGCUGAGCAAGAAGAAGAAAGUUUUGAAACUUCAAGAAUAGAGACUCAAGAGGUAAAGAAUGUUGUUAGUGUUGAAGAAGAUCAAAAAUCAUGCAAUGAUGUUGAUGCUGUAGGUCAACAUGAUGAAAAGAAGACAAAGACAGAAAGUGAAAAUGUAGGACCAUAUAGUGAUACUGGUGUAGUAUUGAUUGUGCCUAACUCUUGUAAUGAUGCUGAUAUAACUAUAAGAUUAUAAGUCCUAUAUUCUAAUGUCUUAAUUUGUGGCAUUGAUAUUAGAUGUUAUUUGUGUUUAUUUUACCAUGCCAAGUUGUUCCCACUGAUUCUCAAAAAGCCAUUCAGUGCAGUUAAUAGGUACUGAAAAAUAAAACACAGUUGUAAUUGGAUAUUGGCUUUUAUAUCAUGACAACAAUGACUAUAGUUGUAGUCUUAUGAUAUAGUACAGUACU